AUGUCUCGCCACGUUCUUCUGUCUCGGUUGGCAGAGCAGUUCCAAGCGUCAUCACCACCUGGACAGCGCUUUCCGUCACCAGACCGCAGUGUGUCGCCACACUCACCUACCUCCAAGUCACCACCCCUCUCUCCUGAUUCUCUUUCCCACAACCGUCUUGAUAUGCUUCAGAUUGGAGACAUCGAGAUUGCAGGAAGAGCACUCAAGCAAUAUGCCAGAGCAACAGAACUUGGAGCCCUGAUGUACUGUAGCGGGCUAGGUGCCCUUUACGGCGGCGCCGGAGUGUGGCCUUUGCUACUGCCCAGACCUUCGCCCCAUUUCACACCGCCACUCGACCACAUGCGACACACACCACCCCGAGAUGAUGACGAAGAGCUGCCUUUGAAUUUGUCCACAAAAAAUCGACAAAUAUGGUCACCGGGAAGCGCCUGUGAACGUGAUAGAGACACAGACUCCUCUAUUGGAAAAUGGGAAAGCCAGGAAGAUAAUGACGCGCCUCUUGAGCUGGUGAAAAGGUGUCGUAGCAGCCCUGAAGCUGACUACACAGAAACACGGCGCUGCCCAUCCACUCCGGGCUACCAGACCUACCACCAACCACCAUCAGCUGACAUCGGCUUCCCUUUGCUAAUGAAAAAUGAAAACCGAAAUGAAAAAUCAUUCCAGUGCAAACAAUGCGGCAAAUGCUUUAAACGGAGCAGCACACUAUCAACGCAUCUCCUCAUCCACUCUGACACAAGGCCGUACCCUUGUCAGUACUGCGGGAAACGCUUCCAUCAGAAAUCGGAUAUGAAGAAACAUACAUACAUUCAUACAGGCGAAAAGCCCCACAAAUGCGUGGUUUGCUCAAAAGCAUUCAGCCAGAGUUCGAACCUAAUCACACACAUGCGAAAACACACCGGGUACAAGCCUUUCUCAUGUGGUCUCUGUGAUAAGGCGUUCCAGCGAAAGGUGGACCUUCGUAGACACAGGGACUCCCAGCAUUCGGAUGCCAUAGAACCUAUCACAAAUUUAUCAUCCAAUCGGUACCGAUAUUAUGAUGAAACCGCUGUAUCGCCCCUUGCAACCAAUUGA